GUGGUGCAGGUGUCGAGUGGCGGACAGUUCAUAGCAGUGGCCGUAUCGCCAGAAAGUGCCGCUCAGACCACUGGUGGCCAACAGUCCGACUCGUCAGCUGUAGCCUCGGGUGCGGCCACCGCCUCGACUGACGAAGACGAUGGACAGUCGGGUUUCGACGACUUCGCAACUGCCGCCUACACUAACGGCGCCAACUCUGCGUCGGCAAUGACGUAUUACACGACCGACUCGUAUACGACGGCAACCGCUUAUUACAACUCAGGCGGAGUCAAUCAAAUACUAACUGAUGGCACAUACCUAGUGAUGGAGCAGACGGACCCGACACUGACAGGUGCUGCUGGAGCUCAACGCACUUCCCCGCAAACAGUAGGUGUCAUUAAAAUG